AUGGCAACGCGAAAAUCCGCACCGCAUUUUCUCAAACAACUCUACACCUCGCGCCACCACCUCAACCCAACCCGCUCCGUCACCUACAUGCCCCGACCCGGAGACGGCACACCUCGCAGCGUAACGCUCAUCCCCGGCGACGGGAUCGGACCGCUAGUUACCGGCGCGGUGGAGCAGGUAAUGGAGGCCAUGCAUGCGCCGGUGUACUUUGAGAAGUUUGAAGUGCACGGUGACAUGAAAGCGGUGCCAGGUGAAGUGUUGGAGUCGAUUAGGAAGAAUAAGGUUUGUUUGAAAGGUGGAUUGGAGACUCCUAUGGGUGGGGGUGUUAGUUCGCUUAAUGUGCAGUUGAGGAAGGAGCUUGAUCUUUAUGCUUCGCUUGUUAACUGUUUUAAUCUUCCGGGGUUAACUACGCGGCAUGAUAAUGUUGAUAUUGUUGUUAUUAGGGAGAAUACAGAGGGGGAAUAUGCUGGACUUGAACAUGAGGUUGUUCCUGGUGUUGUUGAGAGCCUCAAGGUAAUAACAAAGUUCUGUUCAGAGCGCAUUGCUAAAUAUGCUUUCGAGUACGCAUAUCUAAAUAACAGAAAGAAGGUGACUGCUGUGCACAAAGCAAACAUUAUGAAACUCGCUGAUGGUUUAUUCUUGGAAUCUUGUCGAGAAGUUGCCACAAAGUAUCCUGGAAUCAAGUAUAAUGAAAUUAUUGUAGAUAAUUGUUGCAUGCAGCUUGUUUCAAAACCUGAACAGUUUGAUGUCAUGGUAACCCCCAAUCUAUAUGGAAAUCUUGUUGCAAAUACAGCGGCAGGCAUUGCUGGUGGAACUGGUGUCAUGCCGGGAGGUAAUGUUGGUGCUGACCAUGCCGUAUUUGAACAAGGUGCUUCAGCAGGAAAUGUCGGUAAAGAAAAAGUAGUACAACAAAAGAAAGCCAACCCUGUGGCACUCCUCCUUUCAUCGGCAAUGAUGCUUAGACAUCUUCGGUUUCCUGCAUUUGCUGACCGAUUGGAAACUGCUGUGAAGCGAGUCAUUUUAGAGGGCAAACACCGGACCAAGGACCUUGGAGGGAUAAGCACCACCCAAGAGGUUGUUGAUGCAGUGGUAGAUGCAUUAAAUUAA